UUAGUGCUCGGCUCACUCUUCUGUCAGGAGUCCCAACCUGAAGAGACUGAAGUAAGGAUGGCAGUUUGGGACAAAAAGAUUCUCUGGGCCGUCAUGGUGGUCCUGACAGGAGCUCUGGGUCAAAGAGUGAACUAUCCAGAUCCUGUUUGUGGUAUAAAAGGAUCGACCAUCACCCUCCCCUGCUCCUUCACACCACUGGAGUCUGUUGAUGACAAUGGAAGAGAAGUUUUGAUCGAGAUCAUCAGAGUCGUCUGGUGCAAGAACCAUAAAUUCUGUCAGAGAGGGACUCCGUCUGUGUACGACAGCAAAUCAAACAACAACAACCCUCGUUACAGAUACCUGGGAGACAAGAAGGGAGACUGCACUUUACAGAUCUCAGAUCUACAGGAGGAAGACGAGGCAACCUUUCGCUUCAGAAUGGAAGCUAAUGAUGACACAGCACAUUGGACUGGCCAAUCAGGAGUGAGAGUCAUAGUUGAAGAUCAGAUGAAGAUAAGAAGCUCCAGAGAUGAUGGAGAGUUUAAAAGAGGAGAAGAAGUCACACUGAACUGCACCACAAUCUGCUCUAUCCACCAACUGGAGGUCAGCUGGUUCAGAGAUGGCUCCGCCCUCUCAGAGUCUGGCCCCGCCCUCCAUCUCAGCUAUCUGACUGCAAAGGAUUCUGGGAACUACAGCUGUGGUUUGAAGAAGAACAACCUCACCCUCUCAGAGCUGUACAGCCUGCAUGUGGAGGAAGGUUAG